AUGUCGGAGGCCAAGGACGCGAACCUCUUUAGCGACAGCGGGUCCUCGGACGGCGGUAGCCCGAAGAAGGCGCCGGCCAAGACGGCGACGACGACGAAUGCUGGCUCCGACAACGAAGACAUGGCGGACCUCUUUGGCUCGGACUACGACUCGGGCGAGGAAGAGUUCAAGGCCUCCGGUAUCAAGGAGUCGCCGAUCCGGGAUGAGGAUCGCGACGUUGCGCCGACGCGGGCCAUGCCACGCGAGGUGCCCGAUGCCCACCACGACGAACUGCAGAUCCCAAAGGCGCCCAAAGCGCCCAAGAACACGGACUACUUCUUCACGCGUCCGCCCAACAUUCUGCGCUUCGUGCCCGAGGCGUAUACACAGGCUAGCAUUCAGAAGGAGAAGGAAGAGACUGGCGACGAAGGCCUCUACCGCAACUAUGUGCGAUGGCGGUACGCGACCGACGCCGACGGCAACGUCCUUGUGGAUCCGGCGACGGGGCGGCCCCAGCGCACGUCCAACACGCGCAUCGUCAAGUGGGAGGACGGGACGUUCACGAUGUUUGUCGGCGACGAAGCGCUCACGCUCACGCAGCAAAAGGUCGCCAACUCGUUCGUCUUUGCGAACGAGCAGUCCACGGACGAGACCGUCCUCGAGUGCCACGGCUGCGUCUCGAAGAAGCUCACGAUCCGCCCGAUCGCGACCACGUCCUCGUCCCACCAGAGCCUCAAAAUGUCGAUGCGGGCGCGUCACAACAAGGCGGUUGUCCGUAUUCAAGAAUACAUUUCCGAAGUCGAUGGCACGCUCGACAAGGAGCAGCGGGCGAACGCGCGCCAGGAGAAGAUGCGUCUCCAGAACCGCAAGAAGCAUCGCGAUGGGUACGAGUACGACCGCGACCGCUCGAGCCGCAUGGACGCCGGCUUCCUCGAAGAGGGCUAUGACGGUGUCGAGUACGACGACGACAACUUGUCUGCAAUCAAGCAGCAAUAUGGCGGUCGUGGCGCGGCCAAGAAGCCGGAGAAGCCGCUGAGCAAGCGGCCGGCGGCCCCGCGCCCCGGCGGCCUCGACGAGUACCGCAUGAAGCAGCGCAGUCGGCAAGAGUCGGACGAGAGCGAGCCGGACGACGACGACGACGACGACGAUGACGAGGAAGAAGAGAUGAUGCGCUCGUCAAGCGCCAAGAAACGCCGAACGUUCGUCGACGAAGACGAGUCCGACUAG